CAAUCAAGACAAUAAUUACGGGGAAAAAGUGAUUGUCGAUGUAAUUGUUUUGUAGUGAGGUGGCAAAGUUUAUUUCAACAAUCUACAACAAAUACUGAAGUAUAGAAGAACCGAAGACUUUUUUAAUGGAGAAAUUUUUUUAUUCAGUUUUAUUUUGGGUUAUUUAGUAAUUGAGUUGAUUUAGUUUGACCGGAGGGGUGAACUUUAGUCGUCAUAAGGUUUGCCGAGGUCGUCCGAGUCGCUGAUGUCGUUAUCGAUCCUGGUUUCAAGUUGGUCAGCACGUCGACGCGAAACUUUUUUAGUGCGAAGUCGAGUCUUGGAACAGCUCAAGGGUAAUUUUGAGCUUUUGGCCGACUUUUGACCUUGAUAUUGUGAGGUGGCCCAGGCGAGGAUGGCGGACCAGGAAGAAUUGGAUUAUCAUAUAAUGUUUCCGGAAGUUCCUGCGUCCCCAAAAGACGCGACGAUCACCACUUCCUCGUCUGACGAACAGGACCGUCGCGAUGACUUCGUCUUCGUUUACGAAGAGAACAAGCGACCGGUGGUCGUCCUCCUCGGCUGGGCCGGAUGUCAAGACAAGUACCUAGCCAAAUACAGCGCCAUAUAUGAGGAAAAAAGUUGUAUCACAUUGCGUUACACGGCACCGGCGGAUUGUUUAUUUUUAAGGAGGGACAAAAUGCCUUAUAUUGGAAAAAGAUUAAUUCAAGUAAUAAUGGACAAAAGUCUUGGAGAGCAUCCUAUUUUCUUCCACAUAUUCAGCAACGGAGGGGCCUUUCUUUAUGAAUAUGUUAGUGUGGCAAUGCAACGAGCUGGAUCACCUUUUCAGGUGAAAGGUGUAAUAUUUGAUAGUGCACCAGGUGAGAGAAGAGUGAUGUCAUUAUUCAGAGCAAUCAGUGCAAUUAUUGGUGGCCAUCCUGUCACCAAUAUUCCGAUGUCUUUUUUCAUCACAUUUUUCCUCUCCGUUAUUUGGAUUUUUGAAAUUAUCAUCCAAUCAUCAGUGGCAAAAGGAAAAAUGAUGGCGAGCCUUGCCUCCCUUGCUGAAGAACCUUAUUCUUGCCCUCAGUUAUUUCUUUAUUCAAACACUGACACUUUGAUAUCAGCUGCUGACGUGGAAAAAUUCGCAAGUCGCAGAGCAGAAAGAGGAGUUGAAGUGCAAAUGGUCCUCUUCACAAAUUCUCCUCACGUGAAACAUUACGCCACUUAUCGCGAUGUUUACGUAAAUACGGUCUGCCAUUUCAUAAAUGAGUCUUUGAGAAAGAAACAGUUAAACAUUGAAGAAAACAUGCCAAAUUUUGAUCAAGAAGAUAUUAUUUUUCAAGAAAAAUUACCAGGUUUAAGAAAAAGAGUUGUCCUUCCUCAAGAAGCGACCAAAUAGAAAAUGUAUAAAUGUGUUUAAUUUCAAUAAAAAUAUUUUCCUCUUGAUUAAUUAUAUAAUAAGUUACAUAUUUGAAAAAAAACUAAAAAUUAAAGACAGAUAUAAUAAUAAUAAUAAUCAGUGAUCUUCAACUAAUAAUUAAUUCUUUAAUUUCUACAUGUUUUCUACUCCAGGUUUUACAUAAUUAUGAUUUUAGUUAUUCCUUUUCGAUUCUUUAAAAAUGUGUAUUUUUUUAGUUGUGUCUCAAAAUAAAUUAAUUGUUGGAAAAUAUUCUUUGUAAAUUAAAGGCUAUCAAAAUCGUAGACUAAAGUUUGAAACAGAAACUAGUUGUUUGCAUCGAUAGAAAAAGUGUUCAAAAUUGUUCCAAGAAAAAAUUGGCAGAAAUUCUAAGAGAAAACAAAGAGUUUUAAAAGUAGGAAUGUAUCAAUGUCUGCAAUAUUAAAUAAUAAAUCAAUUGAUCAAUUUAUUGUAAAUUCUAAAAUUGAUUUUAAAAAGUGGAAAAUCAAAGAAUUUAACUCAAACAUUAUUUUGCACAUGCAAAAUUGUAAAUACACGCUCUAUUUAUUUAUUGUUGUAUUGAAAUAUUUAUGUUAUUUAUUUAUUUAUAUAUUUAUUUGUCCAAUUACAAACCACUGGCUUUUAAAUAUAAUUAAUUGAUAAAGUGAAUCACUUUUGUAUUUAAAUCCCCAGGUAUCAUAUGUUAAAUGAGUCUUUUAAUUAGCAUAAAUGAAUCCACAAAAAUGAGUAAUUCUGAAACAUGAAAUUAAAUUGAAAAUUGAAAAUUCAACUUUUCCUAACUGGAUUUUUCUAGAAAUGUCUUCGAUAAUAAUAACAUUUUUUAAAUCAAAUUCACUUGUCUCUAAUUACUAAGCAAAAUGAUAAUUUUUUAAAGCUUUUUGUCUGUUAAAUUUUAAUAUAAAGUAAUAUGUGUCAAGCUGGUCUUGAUCAAUUAAAUUAUUAGUAACAAAUUUAUUGUAUUGAUUAUUACGUAAUAAUGGAUUAGAUUGAGGAA